AUGGCGUUUCUAAAGUUAUCCACAAGCGCACUUGUUCUUCUCAAUCUCUACCUUGCUCAGCCAACCGAUGCUAGAAGCUGUGAUGGCACACAGGGAGCAACGUUAAAGACCAACCAAGCUGUCAUCAGAGGUGUCCCCCAAUGUCCUGAAAACGACGGUGAUAUCAUUGAGACCAGUGAUGGUGCCUACUACAACUUCCAGUGUUGUAUGCACGAGGCUACGGGAUCGACGUUCAUCAAAACCGUUCGGACGACAGGGUAUGAUGAUUGUAUCAACCAAUGCACCUUGACAGACGAUUGCCAAGCAUUCCGCUACGUCUUCGGUGACUACAACGGCGAAAGCGCUGGGGAUUGUAGACUUUACGGAAGUGGCGUUUUCUCAGACAAGAAGUGCGGAAACACGCUACACGACUGGGCCUACCUAACCGAUCCUCCGGUGAUCGAGGUCCCGGAGAAUGUGCGGGCAGCAUGCUCAACUGAGUGCCCCGAUGCAGAUGGUCAAAUAUACACCGCCAAAAACAAACAGGUGUUCCAUUUGGAUUGUCAAAAGCGCCAUGGAACUGCUUGGUUCCACAAGCUGGAUUCCAACUCCCUGAAGGAAUGCACAGAGUCCUGCGCUUCGGUCAUCGGAUGCCAGAGUGUCGACUACCAUAAACGGACCAAGAAGUGCUUCCUCGGCAAGCGCACCUCAAAGCCAACUCUCGACGCCCCCGGAUGGGCAACUGCUUAUUCUCUUGGUUGCUCGGGAGGAUGCACUCAGGACUCGUGUGGUGAGACGUGUGGCUCAGCUGCUCCUCCAACCAAUAUCACUCCCCCACCGGAACAGGAACAAGAGCCUAUUGUCCCCGCCAACCCUUCCACGCCUCCUGCGCCUAGGGAGGUAAAGUGCUAUGAUGACGACAACUCGCAAGUCGACGUAGAUGGUACAAAGUACGAGAUUCGGUGUGACAAGCAGUACCGUGAGGACAGUCGGCACGUUGCAUCUGGUAUCUCCUACACCGAGUGCAUCAACCUGUGCAGCGCAGACUCCACCUGCAACUCAGUUGAUUACUGGGACCCUAAUGGUGGAAGGUCAUGCUACCUUUUCAGCGGUACUGGAGAGCCAACCCACUCAACCAAUAUGAACUGGGCCGCCUUCAAGGUUUGA